GUCACCAGCUCCGACACACAUGUGGUCGAGGAGAGUGGUGUAGUGAAGAGCGUUAAUAUUUCACUUUCGUUAAGUCACUUUAGGAAGUUUAAUGAAGUUUAAGAAAGACACAGUGUUAGCUAGGGAACGUAAAAUGAAAGCAGUGAGAUAACCCGAACACCAGGCUACACACACGAUGAAGAACAGAAGUGGAAGAAGAGAAAGGAAGAAGAGAAGGAAGAAACGAGUAGAGACGAUAAAUGUGACGCUGUCUCAUGAAGCACCUUUCGUGGACUUGAGAAGAUGGCUUAAACAAAAAGGAUUCAGCUCUAAGUGUUUAAUUCCAGCCAGCUUUACAGAUACAGGAAGAGGGCUGAUGGCUACACAACCCAUUAAGAGAAACGGGAAGGGAAUACCCCUGGGACAGGCUCCAGGACCCCUGCAACCCUGUGCCAACGAGUUGGUGAUUUCCUUACCCGAGAGGUGUUUGCUGACUACAAGCUCAGUUCUGAAGAGUUACAUGGGCGUAUACAUAAAGAGGUGGAAGCCACCAGUAUCUCCUCUCAUCGCACUUUGUUCUUUCCUUAUUGCUGAGAGAUAUUACGGAGAUUCAGCAGAAUGGAGCCCUUACAUUAAAGUCCUCCCGAAAUCCUAUACAUGCCCAGUUUACUUCUCAAAUGACAUCAUGGACCUCUUGCCUCUAGAUGUUCGGAAAAAGGCUGUGACACAAAAAGAACAGUUCGAGGAGCUUUAUUCCUCUUCGCUGCCAUUCUUCUUGUCCCUUCAGCCCAUUUUUACUCAGCCUGUAGAGGUAGUGUUUACUCAGGAUGCAGUCCGGUGGGCAUGGUGCAGUGUCAAUACUCGUACGGUGUAUAUGGAGCAGGCCCAGAGCGAUUUCCUCUCACGGGAGAAGGAUGUCUUUGCACUGGCACCUUAUCUGGACUUACUGAACCAUUGUCCUGAGGUACAGGUUCAUGCAGGGUUCAACGAGCUGUCCCGUUGCUAUGAGAUCAGAAGUGUUCACGGCUGUAAGAAAUUCCAGCAAGCCUUCAUCUGCUACGGUCCCCAUGACAACCAGCGGCUCGUUUUGGAGUACGGUUUUGUUGCUUCUGGUAAUCAACACAGCGUGGUGUACGUUGACUUGGGAACUCUGAAGAUGUGUCUUAAGGAAGCAGACAGACAGCUAGAGCAGAAACUUCUCUUCCUGAAGGACAAUGAUUUUCUAAGAAACCUGACAUUUGGUGUGGACGGGCCAUCCUGGAGGCUGAUGACGGCACUUAGGCUACUGUCCAUGAAGCCAGAACAAUACUCCUGUUGGAAAAGUAUCCUCCUGGGGGCACCAGUGAGCCAGGACAGAGAGGACUGGUGCAUCCUCAAGGCCCAAAUGCUAUGCCAGCAUCUCUGUGAUGACAAUAGCAAUGCACUUGCGAGGAUAGCUCAGCUCAAAGAUGGUGCUGACGGGGCUCGGCUGGAGCAGCUCUGCUUGGUCGAGGGUCUGAGACGAGAGGAACAAGCGAUUUUAGAACGCUCCAAACAAGUUCUCCGAAACCUUCUGCCUCAGUCAUCACCAUGGUGACCAAACAGGACUCAGAACAUGGAACAUUAAAGGAUCCGGAGGAUAUUGUCACUACGUGUGUUCCUGCCAAGACCUGGAGAACUGAGCCAAGUCAGAGCAAAGGGAACCGUGACAUUUCUUGGUAUGAAGAAUAGCUACUCACUAUGGGAGCUUUGGAGUUUGGUGUGUCGGUCUUAAAAAUAAGCAAAUUUUUUUGUGCUGCUGGGUUUUCUUCGUUCCUCAUCUUACAAAUGUUCAACAGACUUGGUCUAAACAGGAGCAUGUCAGUUUGGAAACUUCUGGAAUGGACAUGAAGAGCUGGCGGGUAUCAAUAGGCUAGCAGGGUUAAACCAUUCCUGUGUCUUUCGAAGAUUAAAGUUAACAUCAAUGUAAGGUUUCAUUUUUAGCAUCCACAUCAGAUUAUUUGCUGUUACCAAAUGUCUUAAAGUGGAUUGUUUUGUACUUUUGUGUAGCCAAGCACUACAGCACCACCAGUGGUGGUUGUAAGAAAAUGACAUACACUGGGGCUGAUUUUAUUCUAGCCCAGAGAGUAGAUUCAUGCAGCCUAUUAGUGUGAGUGAAUUGCCCUCUAGAUUGCAUGUGCGUUAGGGCUCAUAUUUUCAGCCUAUGGCACUGUUACUUCCGUAACCCGUCAUCAACAGCGAUGAGAAGCUGCACGUGAAAUACAGUCACAGAUGUAAUGAAUAUGAACAAGGUGGAUUAUUUACUCUAUCAUCCAUUUUCCCCCAAAAUACCUAAAGUAGUUAGAGUAAGCACACAUUAUCCAAUCAAAGUACACAUUACUUAGGACAGAUGACAUAUAUAUAUAUACACAAGCCCCAGAUUUUAACACUAAACUAGGGCAUGUUUUGGAUAAAACUAGUCCUAGAUUGAUGUAGAGUACCUUCUACCCAGAGUCUUCUCUAACAAAGCCAUUGGUGCUACAAAUAAAAUGUACACAUGAGUAACAGCAGGCCUAUAGCAUCAUGGAUGUUGGUUAAUAUUAUUACAGAAAGCAGGACAAACUCUUUUAGUAUGUCGAUCUAUUCAGUGUACAAUUUUACAAUGUGCCAUACAAAAAAAGUUUAUUCUCUAUUUUCCCUUUUAGCAGGUUCAGA